AUACUAAUAAUAAAAGAAAGAAAAAAGAAGCGAAGAAGAAAAGGCCCAAAUUCCCAAAAAAAAAAAAAAAAAAAAUCCAAUCCCUGGAUUGGUUUCAAAGAAAGAACCUUUAUUCAUUCAUUGAUUCAUUCUUGUUCUUAAUUAUACAUAUAGAUUGGGUUUUAGUUUCUUCAAUUUGAGAUUUUUGUCGGAGGAUGACGAUGAUGGUGAAUGAAUGGUCAGAAAGGCAGAAGCAGAAGGAUAUGGAUGAUGAUCGGAUGAUCGCCCAGGUUCUCUCUGAAGAAUACGCUCACUUGGAUGGCGCUCUCGCCAAACGCCUCACCAAUUUGGCUCCUCUUCCUCACGUUCCUCGCAUCAAUUCAUUCAUCCCAACCUUGAGCGAUGCCACUUUGGAUCACCACCGUCUUCUCCAGAGGUUGAACGUUUAUGGUUUACGUGAAGUUAAGGUCUCCGGUGAUGGAAAUUGUCAGUUUCGUGCCCUUUCUGACCAGAUUUAUCGUUCGCCUGAGUACCACAAACAUGUGCGCAAAGAUAUCGUGAAACAGCUUAAGGGGUUUCGUUCCCUGUACGAUAGCUAUGUUCCAAUGAAGUACAAACGCUACUACAAAAAAAUGGCGAAACUUGGUGAAUGGGGUGACCAUGUUACUUUACAAGCAGCGGCUGAUAAGUUUGCAGCAAAGAUAUGCCUUUUGACAUCUUUCAGAGACACUUGUUUUAUUGAAAUCAUGCCACAAUAUCAAGCACCUAAGCGUGAGUUGUGGUUGAGUUUCUGGUCUGAGGUUCAUUAUAAUUCACUCUAUGAAAUCCAAGCUGCUCCAGUACAGCAGAAGCCAAGGAAGAAGCACUGGUUGUUCUAGAUAAACCACAUUGUCGAAAUCAAUCACUCUGAGAUGCUGUAUUUGUACACAUUUAUCUCAACCCGUCAACUCAUCUGUUUCAUUAGUUGAUAGGUGAUCUUGUUAUAGUUCACACACACACACACAUAUUCCAUUUUUUUGGCCUACUCUAUUGUAAAAUUUAUGAUUAUUUUGGAAAGAUGGACCAUUUUAUA